CAUGUUUGUUAAGUUUGUAUCUGCCUUAAAAAUGGAAGCAUUGUGUUAUUUUGCAUUUGCACUGAAGGUGGAUAUUGUAGGUUCAAUUCAGACUUUAUUUCACUGAGUUAACAUAUGUAAUUCAUUUGAAUUACUUAUUUUAAUAAGGACUUGUUUAAAAAAAUUCUGGCAAAUGAAUGUAUUGAAUCUCCUCUCUUUAAAUCAAGUUAAAUCUCUUUUAACUAAAAACCUCUUUUUACUAACGUAGGUAAACUGCAGAUAAUUGAGAGGACAGUUUGAAGUCUGUAUUAUGUGGGGAGCCUGAACACCUUUACAAAAAACCCUAAAUCUUAGUUCCUUCCCAUAAUAUUAUUAUUUAUACAGGAGUCCUAUGCCAGUAUUCCUAGUUGGCUAAUUGUUAUGGAUACCUUGUCUUUAACUGAUAACUCAAGUAUCAGACUCCUUCUUUCUCUCAUUUAGGUCCUAGGAAUCCUCUCUAUUCACCUGACACAUGGGAAAAGAGAGAAUAUGGAGGAUUGUGUGGAAGUUUAUGGCCAGAGUGUCAGCAGCAUAUGUUGCUCCUAGAUAUAAUCUACUCACAAGAAUUCAGUGGCUCUAUCUAGUUGCAAGAGAAGAUGGGAAAUUCCAUGUUGUUGAGUGUCUAAGAAGGACAGGAAGUGGGGUGAAAUAUUUUUCUCUGCCAUGAUUGUAACAUUUCAUGAAUUGAAUUCUAAAUUCGAAAACUGCAGUCAUCGUGAAAAGAAGAUUCUGUUUGUUUCUUCUGUUAUUCUUUUUAUGUUACUGGAUUUUCUUUCUUUCAGAUAAUGGUCAAUGAUUCCCUGUUUUCUGAUGACAAUUCAUAUGUGACAUUGACAUUUGUUCGGUCCCCAGGGGGAAAGGGUGCCGUCCGACUUCGGUGGACUGUAGACGAGAAAGCUAAGGAUAAUCUCAGCCCUUUAAGUGGGACACUUCAUUUUGAUGAGAUGGAGUCUCAGAAGACCAUUGAAUUGCAUGCACUGCAAGACACCAUGCUGGAAAAUGACAGGCAUUAUACAAUUCACCUGUUACCAAUUGAUGAGGUAGAAAUAUCUCCCGCAAAAGGUAAGAAAAAUUUUAGAAAUUAAAAAGUAGAUUAAAGCAGAUAAUUAGUAGUUACAUAGAUAGGCAAUGUUAGGUUUUCUAAUUCCUAAAAUUUUGCUAAAACAUAAAGAUGUACUCAGGUAAGUACACUUUUAAAUUAACAUUAUAAUACCCCAUGUUGGUAAGACAGGUCAGAUUUCAUACUGCUCAGCUGUGACUUUUUAAAUAAAACAUUUUUAUGAAGCAACAUUAUAAAAUUAAUUAUGGUAGCUUCCUAAAUGAUGUGAUAUUAGGAGACUGGUUAAAUGUGGCAGAAUGC